AUGAAUGCAAACAGCCCAUUGCAAAAAGGGUUGGUUCAGCCCCACGUCCAUUACUCCUUUUUGAAAACAGCAUCGGAAGGGUUGUCUCAGGAUGAGUCUGAUUCUGAAAGCCUCGCCCAGGAGAUGCAGUACCAGUUUGAACUUCAGAAACGGAUCCGUGGAAGUGAAAAGCUAGCGGGCCAGUCUGAUGAUGAGCUGGAAGAAGAUAGCUUAGAGGAGAAGGACAGCCUAGAAGAAAAGUCCUUGAGCGGAGAGGAAGAGUCAGAUGUGGAAGAAACCCAACAAGGUCCAAGUGGAAGCAGUUCUGGAAAAGAAAACUGUAGGAAUGCAAGUAACCAAGAGGAAAUUGUGGACAGGUACUCUGAGCUGAGAUACAAUCCCAACUGGAAGAAUAAUAAAGAUGAAGAGGGGUUUACUGAGUUCAAUGGAUCUCACCAGGAGGAGGAGGAGGAGGAAGGCUCGCCCACCCUCUUCCACAAUUUGUCCCGCAGUCCUUCCCAGGUCAAGUUCAUAUACAGGAAUUGUCAACUACAGGAAGGACCACAAAAUUUAACAUCUCUAUUUGAAAGGGAGUCCUUGAACUCUUGCGAUCAAACUGCAAGUGUCAGCAACGGACCUUACAGACUAUAUAACGAAAAAGGGGAACUGGUAGCUGCUUGCCAUUAUGACAGCCGUUCUAGUACACACAGUGACAGCUCUUCUUCUCCAAGCAAAGAAUUUAAACAGAGAUCUGAAAAAGACUUCAUCGAAAAGAACAAGCUCACCUUGGGAUUCGCUUCCCCACAGAAAAAUUCCUAUUUACAACUCCAUGGUAAAAAGGAAGGCCCUGAAGGGCAGGCUCACCAUUACAAAAGGCCUGAGAUGUGCGGGACAAACUCAAGCCAAGCUGUGUCCCUGACAGAAAGCUGCUUGAGCAGAAGCUCUAUCCAGCAUCCAUUGGGAGCCCAAGUAGAACUAAGAAGCCAGCAUGUCAGAUGUCACAAUGUGUUAGAAUUUGAGAACGCGUUUACCAAUUCCAGCUCUUUCAGAGAAGUGUCUGAUGUGGAGCUGGACGGCAGGCGUGCUUUGCAUCACAGCCUGUGUCCAAAUCCAUCUGUGGCUCCUCUCUGUCCUUUGAUUGCAAAUAGCUCUGGUCAAGAUAGCCAGUUCUCUUCAGACCCAGCCAGCAUCAUUCAUCAGAAUGUGAAGCAAAAUUCCAUGAAUUUAACCUUUGCCAGGAAUCCUCUUCCGCUGAGUUCCUUCCAGAGCUUUCCAGGACUUCAUUCGCCAUGUUCUGUUGAGAAGAAGAAAUACCAACGCAAUCCUGAAAACGCUUCUGGAUCCCGCCACCAAUAUCCAUAUAGGUGUACUGUUUCAGAACCUCAGUCUAUCGCCAGACAUGGCAAGCGUCAGAACCUCCUAGGGCACAAAAGCAUUUCAUGUGUUUACCAUGCUGGCCUUCAACAGCCAGUAAGCAGAGACGUUUCAUCUUGGAACCCCGGACAGAUUUAUACGGAGGAGAUCCCCGGCAGCUAUGUUUCUGGUAACUCAGGGCCACCCCAGCCACCUGCUCACGACCUGACCAGAGGCCCUUCUCCAACCACGCGGCUCAUCCAGGCCGCAGAGAGGCAUCACCGAGAAAUCUCUCAGCUGGCAGAUGGUCACCUUGCCGGAAGCCCGUUUGCGAGCAUGUUUCCACCCAUAAUACAGAGGGGGGAGAGCGACUCCCAGCUCAACAAGGAGAGCUGCGAAGGUGGCCAGCCCACUCUCGGCCGCAGCAAUUCCGAAGGCUACUUGCUCCAGAUGGAAAAGCAAAAGGAGAGGAAGGAAAAAGAGAACAGGAAGAGUUCUAGGACAAAAGGCUACAUGAAGAUGGAUGUGAAGCUUGGAGGCCUUGGACCUGACUAUGGAACACUCAAAGAGAAAUCUGAAAAGAUAAAGCAGCAAAAGGAAUAUGCCAAGCAUGUUAAAGAACACAACAUGAAGAACAUCACAAGCGCACGGAAACGACAGCCAAGACCUGAAAUCAAAUCGGCAGUGUCAAGGCAGAAGGCCCUAGAAUACUCCAAGUCAAUUCCCAAGCCAAAACUUUUUGUAUCAAGGCCAUUGGAACAAGAGCCCAACAAUGAAAAAAACCUGGCGCGUACUUUAAACGGAGAGAAUCUUCCUCCCAUUUCAUCGCUGGAAUCAUUGCAGAACAGGCAUGAAAAGGAGAAGCAAGUCGUAGCUGCUUUCAAAACCCUUCAUAUCGUAUGAAGAGCCCACCGUUGCCGCAGGGAAUGGAGGCCCACUGGGCAGCAGGUAGCUGGACUCUUUUGCUCUGCCUGUUGCCUUGUUUCAACGGUCGCCCAGAGUGACGAAGGAGGAGCAUUUCGAUUAUGAGCUGAAUGGAUUUUCAAGAUGUGAGAUGUUUCCAUAUUG